UUGUGGGUUGUUGUGAGAAUGGCAGGAAUCCUUCAAAAGAUCGAGGGCGCCCUUCACAUGGGAGGGAACAAGCAGGAAGAAGACAAGAACAAGCACCAAGUGGAUCAGCACAAGCACCCGGUGGAUCAGCACCACCAGGAGAAAGAGAAGGGUGGGGGGUUCAUGGAGAAAGUGAAGGACAAGAUCCAUGGAGGAGAGAAUCAAGAGGGCAAGGAGGGAGAGAAGAAGAAGAAGGACAAGAAGAAAAAGAAGGAAGGCCAUGAACACGAUGGCCAUAGCAGCAGCAGCAGCGACAGCGACUAGAGAUCCCCACCAUUCUC